GGAAGGAGUGGCAUCGAUAUCCCUGCCAAAGUGUUGGACUUGGUCCGAGCUGCGCGCUUCUCGGCUUCCGCCGAAAGUCACCUCGACUCCUUCCCGGUCACCGGGGCUCCUGACCUUCUUCCUACCUCACAGCACUUCCGUAGCAUUCAUCUGUCCAGCUUCCUCGAGACAUCUAGCAGCCAUGCCAGCUAUGCCACCAAUGCAAGUCCAUCAGGCUCCUGGUCAGGGCCAGAUGAUCCCGCAGGCCCCCUCCGUAUGGCAGAAGCUUCAAAUGGGAGCAAUGAUGGGAGCAGGGGUAGGACUGUCUAUUGGGUUCAUCGGUGGCGCAUUCCAGAUUCUGAGGGCAGGACCGGGACCCAAGGGAGCGCUGGCCACCAUGAGCCAAUUCAUGGGUACUAGUGCUGCGACAUUUGCCUUCUUCCUCUCGAUAGGAUCGGUUAUCCGUUCAGACGCCAGUCUCUCGCCCGUCGAGGAGGCAAGGUGGAGGCAGGCCUACCAGCAAGGCUCUCUGAGGGUGCUGGCUGACCAGAGGAGGCAGACGCUGCACUGAGAUACCGGGUCUGAGCGGGAGCGAGGCGCCCGACGGCAGCGCUGCUGGGCAGAGACUGGGCACUCAAUGGCGUUCUGAUCCCAGCAAAGGCGCUGAUCUAGUGUUUUCCAGAUCACUGUGCUGUGUCGCAGUCGCAAAAUGUACAUGUAUUUUACAAAAAGGCAAGAACAGUGACACAAAGAAAGGGGUCCUUCUCAUAGCCAAUCAGGCUUGUGUUC